AUGUCACCAAAAUUAUGCAUUUGGAUAUUAUUACAAAUUAUUAUACUCAAUGGAUAUGCUGAUAAAACAGCGGAAGAAAAAACGAUUGAUAAAAUACUUUUGAAUGCAUUCAAUGAUGCACGACAAAAUAUCGAUGAACUUAAACAAUUUUAUGAUGAAUCAAUUCUAACACAAAAUGUAAUGGAACAAAUACAAAUACCAUUUAAAAUAUGGAAUUUGUAUACAACAAAUCAAUUAAAUGCUCAAAAAUUAUCACAUGCUGCACUUCUCUCAAUUUCUGCUACUAAAAAAUUAAAAAAUGAUGGCAUUAAAAUAGAUAAUAAUUUACCAAUUAUUUUAAAAUAUAUUAAUGAGUACUGUCCAUUAAAUGAAAUUAAAUGUACCAUUAGUAAAUAUCGCACCAUUGAUGGUACCUGCAAUAAUAUUAUUCAUUCAAAUUGGGGCGCUAUUGGCAUGCCAAUGCAACGUAUCAUUGAACCAUUUUAUGCUAAUGGAAUUGAUGAAUUGCGUAGAUCAAUUAUUGACAACAAUGAAUUACCAAAUGUUUUACAUUUAUCAAAUUUAUUUUUCAUGAUGAAUCAUUCAACAGCAUUAAAUAUAAAUAUGCUAAAUGCGCUUUGGGCGCAUUUUAUUUACACUGAUUUAGUACAUACCAGUAGUCUUCAAUUAUUAACAGAUGAAGUGGAAAUUUUAUUACCAUGUUGUGGAACAAAAUUUAAGCAACAUUCAGAAUGCAAACCAAUUAUGGUACCAAAAAAUGAUCCUAACUAUAGUAAUUUACCUGAUUGUUUACCAUAUACACGUACCGCUCCAGCACCACAUCCUAAUUGUAAAUUAGGUUCACGUGAACAAGCUAAUCAGGUUACGAGCUUUCUUGACGCUAGCAUUAUUUAUGGUACUACCAUACAACAAGCACGUGCUAUACGAACAUUUAAAAAUGGUCAUCUAUUAACAAAUUUAAAUUUAAUGAAUUCGAAUAUUCCACCAACAAUUAGCACAUUUUGUAAUUUAUUACAAAUAACAAUUGCUAAUUGUGAUUUAACAAAUAAAUAUUAUUCAUUGAAUUCAAAUCAUUUAAAUUUCUUACAAUCUAUUACCAUUCUUCGUAAUAUUUGGUUACGUCAACAUAAUCGAAUUGCUACUAAUUUAAAGAUUAUAAAUUCACAUUGGUCCGAUGAACAAUUGUAUGAAGAAAGUCGACGAAUUGUAAUUGCUCAAUUACAACAUAUUACUUUUAAUGAAUUUUUACCAAAUUUAAUUGGCAAAAAAAAUUGGUUAAAAUUUAAUUUACAAUCAGAAAGAAUUGGAUAUAGUAAUAAUUAUAAUGAUAAUAUUGAUUCAACUAUUAUCAAUACAUAUGCUACUACUGCUGGACAAUUCUUUGUCACAAUGUUUGGCAAAUAUUUUCAAUGGCAUAAAAAUGAUGGCAUUAAAAUACUUGAACGAUCAUUAAAUGAAUAUUUUAAUGAUCCCGAAUUACUUUUUUCAAAAGAUCAAACUAGAGAUUUACUAAGGUACUUAUUACGUGAACCAAUUAAUGAUUCACUAACGUAUACAAAUGAUAAAUUUUAUAAUAAUUUUUUUAAAAGAAACAAAAAUUUGGCAUCUGAAAUUAUUGCAUUAAUUUUACAAAUGGGUCGUGAUCAUGGCAUACCACCAUAUACUGUAUGGCGAGAAUAUUGUGAUGGUAGUAAGAUUCAAUCAUUUGAUGAUUUAAUGGAUGAUUUAAUCGAUGGAACAGAAAUGAUAAAAGAAUUAUCAAAAUUAUAUAAAACAGUGGAUGAUAUGGAUUUAUUUUUGCUUGGUUUAAUUGAAAAACCAUUAAAUGAUUCAAUUGUUGGACCAACAUUUAGUUGUAUUAUUUCAUUACAAUUUCAAAAGACAAAAACUGGUGAUCGCUACUGGUAUGAGAAUAAUUUUGAAGAAAUACGUUUUACUGAUGAACAAUUGAUGGAAAUUCGAAAAAUAACAAUGGCAAAAAUAUUUUGUAACAAUGUGAAAUCAUUUGAUAAAAUUCAAUCAAAAGUAUUUGAAUUAGAGAAUAACUAUGACAAUUAUCCAAUUUACUGCAAUGAAACAGUACACGCAGAUACGAAUAUUGCUAAAUGGCUUGAUAAAUCAAAUUAUAAAUUAAAUUUACCAUUAACAGAGGAAAAUAUUGAGAAAGCAAUAGAAAUUGCUAUAGAAGGCGUUAAGCAACGUCAAAAACGUGAACGACGUAAUAUACGAAAAAAUCAAGAUUUAUUUAAAUCUGAUGAUCCAUUACUAUCAUUUUUAGAUCAAGAUUUGUUUAAAUUUGAUGACCUAUUAUCAUCAUUUUUAGAUCAAGAUUUGUUUAAAUCUGAUGACCUAUUACCAUCAUUUUUAGAUCAAGAUUUGUUUAAAUCUGAUGACCUAUUACCAUCAUUUUUAGAUCAAGAUUUAUUUAAAUCUGAUGACCUAUUACCAUCAUUUUUAGAUCAAGAUUUGUUCAAAUCUGAUGAUCCAUUACUAUCAUUUUUAGAUCAGGAUUUGUUUAAAUCUGAUGACCUAUUACCAUCAUUUUUAGAUCAAGAUUUGUUCAAAUCUGGUGAUCCAUUACUAUCAUAUGGUAAAAUGAUGAGAGCAAAGAAUGAAGCAAUUGCAAUUUCUCGAGUAUCUGAUGUUUUCUUACAAGCUACCAAAAAUAUUUUAUCUAACAUUGGAACAGAAAAUAAUAAAGAAUUGCUAGGAGAAGUGAAUGAUAUUAAUGAAAUGCAAAAUUUAUUACAACAAAUCGACGUCAGCUCAUUUAUUAGCAGAAUUGAACCAUUUCUUGGACGCGGUGGUUCGGUGGAAAAAUGUUUACCUCGAAAUUUACCAUGCGAUGAUGUGACACGGUAUAGGACAAUGUCCGGUUGGUGUAACAAUCUUCAAAAUCCUCGUUUUGCUAAUGCAUUUGGUCCAUUAAUUCAUCUUCUACCACCAGCAUAUGACGAUGGAAUCGAUAUGCCACGAUCAAAAUCGAUCACUGGUGAUUUACUACCAUCAGCUCGUGUAAUUUCAAAUGCAAUACAUUUUGAUUUACCAAUUACUUAUCAAAAUUAUAGUCAUAUGAUUAUGCAAUUUGGACAAAUUCUCGAUCAUGAAUUAACACAUUCACCUAUCGAACAUGGUCCAGAUAAUGAAAUAUUGAAUUGUACGCGUUGUGAUUCAAAUGAAAUUCUCUCAAUGCAUUGUAUGCCAUUGCCAAUACCAUUAAAUGAUCCAUUUUUUCCAAUUUAUGAUGAAAAUGGUAAACGACGUUGUUUACCAUUCACUCGGUCACUUCUUGGACAAUUAAAUCUUGGCUAUCGUAAUCAAAUUAAUCAGUUAACAGCAUAUUUGGAUGGUUCAGCGAUUUAUGGUUCCACGGAAUGUGAAAUGAAAGAAUUGCGCACUUUUAUUGGUGGUCGGCUCAAUAGCACAAAUCUUGGCAUAUUCAAUCCAGAAGCAUUACCACAAGGUGAUCAGGAGCAGGAUUGUCGUUCCAAACCGGAUUUCAUGUGUUUUGUUGCCGGUGAUGAACGGAAUAGUCAUCAACCGGGUCUAACAUCAAUGCAUAAUAUAUUUUUACGUGAGCAUAAUCGAAUUGCUCGAAAAUUAGAAGAAAUGAAUCCAUUUUGGAAUGAUGAACGAAUUUUUCAAGAAACAAGGCGAAUUGUAGGCGCGGAAUUUGCACAUAUAACUUACAAUGAUUAUUUACCAUUAUUACUUGGAAAUCGAUUAAUGCAUAAAUAUGAUUUAAACACUCAUAAAAUUGGUUACUAUCAUGGUUAUAAUGAUCAAUGUGAUGCAUCAAUAUCACAUCCAUUUGCAACAUCUGCAUUUCGUUUUGGUCAUACUUUAGUUCGUCGAUUUUUUCCACGUUUUAAUGCAUUUUAUAAAAAUUUCACAGAACCAAUUGAUUUAGUUGAAAAUUUUAAUUCUGUUGAAGCAAUUUAUGAUGGUAAACGAGGAAGCAUUGAUUCACUAAUUAUUGGCUUACUUGGUGCACCAUCAAUGGCAUUUGAUAGACAUAUUACCACUGCAUUACGGAAUCAUUUAUUCGGCCGACGUGGUGAACCGUUUUCCGGAAUGGAUCUUAUUAGUUUAAAUAUUUUACGUGCACGUGAUCAUGGCGUACAACCUUAUAAUGCUUUUCGUGAAUUAUGCGGUAUUGGUAAAGCAAAAGAUUUCGAUGAUUUAUUAAAUGAAAUGGAUGAAUCAGCAGUUAUAGCUUUAAAAAAUUUAUACAAAACAGUUGAUGAUAUUGACUUGUUUCCUGGAUUACUUUGUGAAAAACCUAUGGAAGAUGCACUUUUACCACCAACAAUGGCAUGCAUUAUAGCAGAACAAUUUCAACGUUUAAAAAAAUGUGAUCGAUUUUAUUAUGAAAAUGAUUUGCAUGCAAUACGUUUUUCACCAAGGCAACUUAAUGAAAUUAGAAAAGUUACGCUAAGUUCACUUUUAUGCGCAAAUAGUCGAAUGCUACGAAAUAUACAGCCAAAUGUGUUUUUAUUGCCUGAUCAAUUCUUGAAUGCGCCAAUUUCAUGUGCGCAUUUUGAGCAUAUCAAUUUAGAACAAUGGAUCGAUCGACCUCGUUGUUAUGUUGGCAAUAUAAUAAUAGCACCUGAUGAAAUCAAACGUAUUUCACCUUGUCAAUCUUGUACAUGUACCGAUAAUGGAUCUCAAUGUGAUACGAUAACAAUUAGAAAUUGCAUAGCAUUGUUCAGUCAAUAUCCUUUUGAUGAAAUUAUGAAGGAUACGGCAUGUAUCGUACAAUGUGCUCACCUAAUCCGUGAACCAAAAUAA